AUGGCCGCGGUGAAGAUCUGGGAAUCCGACCCGGACUCCCCGUACGUCCUCGGGUUGACCCUGAACGCGCUCGCGUUCAUCGCGGACGCGGUCGGUCAUGCGCAUGUCGCCGGCGGCGACCCAACCGCGAUCGACGGCAAUGUCCUCCAAAAAGGACACGCGAUGACACAAGCGCUGUUCUUACUCCUCGGCGUCGCGGGGAACCUCGGCGUCAUCGGCGAGAAGAAGUACGCCGGUCUCGCGCUGGAGAAAGUUCCGGACCUCGGGAAGCGAACGCUCGGCGCGCGGAUCGCGACCAACCCCAAGGUCAUCAUUCCGCUCAACCUGUGGCAGACCGCGCACGCCGCAGGGGUGUUCGGGCUCGCGUGA